GCGGCACGUGCAUGGCGCAUCUUGACAAGAAGCACAGCCACGGGUAAACACACACACCAACAGAGAUGAGAAAUGUCACGAUAAACGUAUGGAUGUACACUGUGUGGAAUGAAUAAUUAUGGCUUAAAGCCACGUCGCAGUGUGUGGAGAUCUUCCAGACCUGCCCACCUUGACUUUCAUCAUCAGGAUGGGGUUUUCUCUAAUACAUUUCAAGCCAAGCCAUGUUUUGUGGUCCACCCGGAAUGGUUAUCAGAGGAUCCUGGUAGCGCAGAAUCCGUCCCCCUAACCCGACCUCCAUGGCCCUGGGAGCAGCCACGGUACAGAGUUAACCUACAGACCCCUAUAACUUAUCAGUCGCCAGCUGAGAUGAAGAGGGAGAGGCCGAGUUCUGCACCAGGUGGGGGUAGGUGGACCCCGUCAGAUAUAGCGGUUCUUCAGCAAUGUGACUACACACCUCUUGACCAGAUGAGAUUCCGUAAUUACACCUUUACUCACCCUUGCCCAGAGGAAGCAGCUGUCUUGCAUUGUACACGGGACAUACAUGUAGGUGUGCCCCAAAACUAAUGAUGUUAUACAUGGGUGAGGUGCAAACCAUACGGACUGUUGACCUUGCAUAGACUUCUGAGGAUGAAUGUGCAUGAAGACUACAUAUAGCUGUCGCGAAAGAAAGUAUGUCAUGAUGCAUGAAAGUAGAAUUGUGAAAAAAAAAUACGAAAAUAAAGAUGAAAUUAAUUAAU